UAUUGCAUUAAUUAUACAUAUAUACAUAAAACAUAUUUAAAGAUUAUAAAGAUUAAGAGAAAGAAUAAACAUUUAUAGAUAAUUGAUACAUACAUACAUAUAUAUAUAUAUAUAUAUUCAACAAAAUGCAGAAAAAUAUAGAUGACAUAUGCAAUGCUAUUGAUAAACUUUUUUUACGUAACUUGGAACUAAUUGAAGAAAAGAUUUCUACAAAUGUUCAAAUGGAAUUGCUACUUCGUUCAGGAUAUAUAGAAUUGGCUAAAGCAAGAUAUAUCUCGGGUAAAGAGAAUGUUAGUAUCCUACAAAUACCUGUUAAUAAGGAGAAUAUAUCAUCUUUAUUUAAAUUGGAAUCUAAGUUUAUAAAAGAAUCUGAGGACACAAUAUCUUCUUUUGACAUUAGUCUAAAGGAAGAAAAUGAAUUUGGAGAAGAUAUUCAAAAUCCUAUAAAAUGGUUUGGUGUACUAGUUCCACAAAAUUUAAGAACUGCUCAAAAACGUUUCCAAGAAUCAGUGUACCUUGCUACAAAAAUAGCAAACAUACAUUGUGAAUUGGAUUCUAUUGCAAAUAAAUUAAAAGCUUUAUAUCUUUUGAAAAAUGCAUUUUGUAAACAAUCAGAAUAGUUCUGCUGAAAAUACAUGAAUGCAUUGUUUGAUAGUAUGUUUUAAUCAUAAUUUUAUUAAUAUACAAUUUAUUUUAUAUUAAUAUUUUAUAAUAAUAUUAACAAUGUAACUUUAAAAA